UGGAUGUGCAGUCGAGCAUCUAAUGGAGACAUGUAGGCCACUCUAAGCCUGGGCGCCACCGCUACACCUCCCCAAGAGGAGGCAGCCUGUCAAGUUUGGACGGAGAUGAUGUUCUAAAAUCAGUCCCAUAUAUUGCAUGGACCAGCAUGGAUACGGCCCACUACAAUGAUUCAGCCAUGAGUCAGCAAGGAGGCCUGUGUGCUGUUGCAGCAUUCACCGAGUCCAGCUAAUUGUUCGAGUCAAAACAGAGGCUGUUAUGCUUUUACGCUGAUAAAACUGUAUAUUGUUUACUGUGAAUAGGAGGACUUCAAGGAAAGCAAUUGUUUAAAGGAAAGAAAAUCUACCCCACGUUCACGUGUGUAAAUGUUUCCUUGAUGGAGUUGCCCUGACUCUGAGCAGUUUUACUAAUGAGCUGUUCGACUCAUCCUCUCACAAUUUCUCCUUUAGUGAGUGUCUCUGAGGAAAUGUGAUUCCUUUUUUAUCAUUUAUAUUUACUAUGCAUUUUUUUUCCAUAUUCUGUACCACUUGUGCUGGAGUAACCAAAGAAAACUCAAACAAGCAGAGGGUAAACGUGUACAAACUCAACACAGGAAGGGCGGAGCCAUGAUUUGAACCUAAAAUCACAGAACUUUGAAGCAGACAUGAGAACUACGAAUCAGGAGUGGUGCCCUUCACUGUAUUUUGUACCAUUAAAACAGAACAUUUUUGAAUCAGCACUUGUACCGGACAUCAUUCAAUUAGGUAGUUAUUACAAAGGUUGUUGUAGAUUUAACUGCUAAGUCUUUCAUUUUCAGCACGCUGCAUUAAAGGUCAAAGGAGAUCUUGAAAGGCAGCUAUGAGUCUGACGUCCUGGUUCCUAGUCAGCGGCGGUGGGACGCGUCAUCGUCUCCCCAGAGAGAUGAUCUUCGUAGGGAGAGACGACUGUGAACUCAUGCUCCAGUGAUUGGCUGGAUUUGAUGUGGUUUAGUCCCGCAGUGUGGACAAACAACAUGCUGUUAUCAACUAUGACGCAGAUACAGAUGAACACAAGGUUAAGGACCUGGGCAGCUUAAACGGGACCUUUGUCAAUGACGUCAGAGUACAGGAGCAAAUGUACGUCACACUGAAGAUCGAUGACAAACUGAGGUUCGGUUACGAUAUAAACUUGUUCACUGUUGUACGUGGAGAGCUGCAUAUACCUGAAGAGGCUCUUAAGCAUGAGAAGUUUAGCAGCCAGCUUCAGCUCAGCCAGAGAAGGCCUCUGGGGGGUGAGUCAUCAAAAUCAGAAGGGAAACCCUCUGAGGCAUCAGCACCUGUGUGCGAGGCAGCCUCUGCUAAAGCCCCAGAGCCUGGCAGGAUGGAGGAAAAGAUGACAGAUGUAGCGGUUUUGCACAGGGGAACACCGCUUUAUGGACAGCCUGCCUGGUGGGGUGAUGGAGCUGCUGAGGAUCAUUCUGGAAAGCCUGAAGAAAAGAAUUUGGAACGGAAUCGUGAAAAAGCUCAAAUAGACACUACGAAGAGUGCAGAAAUGCCAAAGUCUCCCGUGCCAAUACCCUCUACUCAGGAGCCCAGUUACUUUGAAAUUCCAACCAAAGAUGCUCCCCCAGAAGGUAAAGUGAGCGGGGAAGCCUUAUCAAAAGAUCAAGAGGCUGGUACUUCAUCUGCCACAGAGCCCGUACAUGGUCAUGCAUCCUACACCAUAGAAUUUGACCAUGGAGCAUCGGGCAAAGUGACAGUCAAAGAUCGAGUGGCGAAGUUGGGUUUAGACACAAGACCACGUCCGAAAAGGGGAGUGGGAGAGGAACUGAGUCCGCUUCAGACAGCCAUGGUGGCAGCAGAGGUCAAAGUCGCUGAUUGGCUGGCUCAGAAUGAGCUGCCUUUGACUGUCAAAGAAACGGUUGUAGAAGAUGGUGGGGAAAGUGUGAAGAGUGAUGUACCUGUUCAACUCAGGAGUCUUAAAGACAGCAAACAUGACGAUGGCACACAGAGCGACUCCGAGAACGCACUUGGAGAACAACGCAGGGCUGCUGCUCUGGAGGAGCACUCGUUGGGGCUUUGGGGCGGAGCUGGAAUGAAGAUCAGGGAAGUGCGCGCUAAUGUGCCUGAGGGGCUCUUUGCGGAGGAGGAAAGUCCGGCACGCCGCCGCCGCUCUUCAAGCACAAAGGUGUCGGUUGGCUUUGUAGGAAGGCAACAUAGCGCGGCAUCGCACCAACAAAACAGUCGUGAUGAGUGCUAUCAACAAGGAGAUGAUUGUAGCGACAGAGGGACGUACACUAUUGAGCUGGAAAAUGGAGAUCAGGAAGAAAAAGAGGCUCGUAAAAUGAUUGACAAGGUGUUUGGUGUAGAUGAACUAGAGACUGUGCAAGUUUCCAGAAUGGCGAGUGCAGCCCUAAAAGAGGACAUCCCCUCCCAGAGGUCUGCCACUAGAGAAAGAGGAAAACCUGGCUUCACGGAAAAUGAGGUACGGCCUGAAGACCUGGUCGUAGGUGGUCCUCGUUGGGUCUCACAGUGGGCUAUUCUUGCCGCCAGCCACGUAAGGACAGAUCCAGAGGGGUCUGGUGCAGAGAGUCAUGGUUUAGUUACGGACAAAGAUGUAAGUGAAAGCAAUCAUUCCUUUGCUUCAUCUGGUCAAAAAGAACGUAAAAGAAGAACUCUGCCUCAGGUUCCCAGUGAGGAAGUUACUCAAGGAAGAAGGACUCCAAGUUGUGGCAUGCACACAGAUAUGGGAGAGAAACAGGACACAGAACUGCAAGAGAAGGAGAACCAGGAGGGGAGAAUAGCCAGGGGGGAACAUUUGCCUGUUCAUAGCAGCCCUAGUCACUCUUCACCAGCAAAGUCGCAGGGCAGCAGUUAUGGGAGAAGAAGUCAAUCAGGUGUGCUGGCAAAGCUACCCCCUCGGCCAAAGACGAGUGGAGAGAGGAGAACGGACGAAGUCCAGAGGAGGAGAAAGGAAGAAGAUAAGAUCAGUGAGAGUAGUGGGAGACCAUUUUUGAGACAGGAGAGUUUUACUGUGGAGAAACCGAGCUCCAAUGUGCCCAUUGCGAUGAUACCCCGCAUUGAUGGACUCACAGGUAGCAAACCCCCGAGUAUAGAGGCUGGCAUCGACAAUGAGACACUACAGAAAGACUCUGAGGCAGUGGCAGCUUUCUUAGAGACCACUGUAUCUGACCAAGGUGAUCCACCGAGUCAGUCCAUUGAAGGUUCCAUGUCACCAGAGUCUGAUGUGGACACAACUAGUACAGUAAGCCAGGCUGAUGGAGCAAGGAGAAUGGUUCAAAAACGGCGCAUUCUUGUAGGACAGCAAAAAGAGAAAACCAUUGUCUGCUCAAACAACAAAGGCCCACCUGCUGGUCGAGGGACACAAGACACGAGGGAUAAGACUAAAGCACAGAGUAUUCAGCAGCCUUGGACUUCUCUGGACCUCACAGACGAUGAUGUCAAUUCUAACUCACUCCUCUCUGAUAGCCAGCCUAAAUCACAGGAAAUCAGAGGUUCACGAGCAAGAACCCAGGCAGGAAGCACUACAGUGGGGGCGAGUACCAAGUCCAGUAGGGCUAAGAUCAACCAGGCCCCUCUUUCCCUUCCAGCCAGUAAAACCACUAAUGUCCCCAAGCCAAGGCCCACAAGGGCAUCAAUACUGCGACGAGCCCGACUAGGUGACUCAACUGACACUGACCCUGCAGAUUUGGAGAGAAUGUCUGUGGCCUCUGAGGCCUCAACUGCUAGCUCCACAUCCAGGACAGGACUGGCAAAAAGAGGAAUGUCCAGGAUAGAGGCUUUGGCGCAGCCAAGGAGACCAAGGGUUGGUUCUCCUUCUGCCCAGAGUGACUCUGAAGCCACUGUGUCCAGGAGUAGAGCACUGGGAGCUCGAAGUACUGCAGGUGAUUAUGCUACUAGACACGGACCAAGAGGGUCCAAUGUGUCUUCUGUAUGUGGACCCAGAGCCAGGGCGAACAGUGCCUCCAAGCUCUCUGACAAAGCCAGUACUCGGUGGCGCCGUGUCCCCGUAGAGUACGCCUCCACCUCAGAAGACGAGUACGGUUCCAACCGCCAUAUCUCCAAACAGGGCCACACGCGGCCACUUCCAUCCACACGAGUGGCCCAGCUCGGAGGCUCAGGGCCAACAGCUCCUAAUUUUGUAGGCCCGAAGACCCCGUGUACGGAUCAGGAUGAAUAUAUGAGAGACUGGACAGCACACAGUGAGGAGAUAGCCAGGAUCAGCCAGGACCUUGCCAAAGACCUAGCAAUGCUAGCAAGAGAGAUUCACGAUGUAGCUGGAGAGAUUGACUCAGUGAGCCCUGCAGCCACUGAACCUGCAAUCGUGCUGGAGGAAUGUGAUGACAGCUUCGACCGACACGGUACAUCAACAGAUGGUGGCACUGCUCUGGGAGCAACCGGGAAGUCAGUGGAAAUGAGACCAAGGUCCUCCAGUUCGCAAGGAUCUCGCGCCAUUCGGCGACAAACAUGGAACCAGCAUGAAGCAUUGCUAGAUAGUUUACUUCUACCAUCUGUGAAUCAACUUUCAAAUAGAAUACGGCAAUCUGUCGACAAAACGGUCAGCAAAAUCAGGAUCCUUUUCAAGGAUAAAGACUGCAAAUGGGAGGAGAUUGAGAGCAAACUUCAGGCAGAGCAUGACUCCUUGCUGUUGAGGUGCUCCAACAAGGAGAUUUCCACUAUCAUUCAAGACCUAAAAAGAGUGGAAAGACAACUGCUAGUCAUUGAUAUGAUGGUGGACCCAGACGGCACGCUGGAUGCCCUGACCUGCUUGGGCCUCACCAACCCUUUGGCUGACCAGAAGCGUCCUGCAUCUCACCAGGCGGAGUCACCACUUCCCUCCGGGGCAGAGGCUUCUUCCACUGGAUUGUUGGACUCACGGCAUGAAGUUGCUCCCGGCGAAUCACACGGACUGGCGGAGAGUGUGCAGGUGGCAGAGCAAGUUACAGGGUCCAAACAAACUAGUGGAUAAAUUGAUAACCCUGAACCAGCUUCUAAAAUGUUUCCAUUAUCUUGGACUUAUCCUUAAGCCCCUGGAAGCAAACAUAAUUUUGACAUAACCUUUCAGGAUAGUUAGGGGUUUUCGAUAUGUAAAAUUACCUUCACCUAUCCUGAAGUUUACUACAGUUUACAUAAUUAUUCUGUCAACGCAAAGCAAUUUACUUGUACAAACAUUUUUUGCACAAGUACAUUACCCAAGGUCUUGUAUGAGAGUUAUAAUAUUUUGUCUGCUGCUCGUCAAUGUCAAUGCAAAUAAACAGUGUAAGUUAAUAUGAAAUCUGUGUGCAGGUGUCGGGAAAGAACCUACAACGAUCGGGUUUUCCAUGUAAUUUUCUUUGUUUGUUCGUUUUGGGUUUUGGUUGUGAAAAGAACUGAGAUGCACAGUAUUUCUCAUGUAAUUGCUUCGUCCAGUCAUUUCUCAAAUUACUACAUGCGUUUUCCAUGUGAAAAUAUCAUGUGGAACAUGUCUAGAAUAAAAAAGAGGUCAAAUGUAGCUGUGAGGAAGAUUCUCUUUUCCGUGAAGUAUUCUGUUACACAUGCUCUAAAUUGAGCUAUCACUGCAGUACAAGAGCAUAAAUAAUGAAAUACCGACUGGGUCAUAAAAUUAUUUUAUUUACACAUUUUGAAGCAGGUGCAUGGUUGAUGUCUAAAAGAUCAGGAAAUUCCCUUCACAAUAAUCCAUUAUUGGUGGUUUAAGCCAAAAAGUAUACAGGGUUGCAAUCAUUCAGAAAAAAAAAAAAGCUUUUGUCAUAUUUUUUCCCACUCAAGGAUUGUGUUCAAACCAACGUAGACAGGGUUGACCUCCGAGUCCUGCAGCAGCACGCUGCACUGAUGCAAAGGAGGAAUGGACAAUGUAUCAUCAUAUUAACGUUUACACAUGAAUGUAACCAUCCAAUUUGACCAAACAAAUUUACUACUAACUGCAUUUUGUGAUCAGUACUUAGUGUACUUUUGUUUGUUGAUGAAUUUAGAGACGUUUGUACAAAAAAAAAAAUAUUGAGAAUAAGUUUAGUAUAUUUGUUGACCUCAC